AUGUCAAAGGAUAAAGACGCUACCGAUCUCUCACGCACCUUCAAAUACCUAUUAGCUACUCAGUUCUUGUCAAGAGGGAUUCCAUUUAUAUUCAAUACAUGGAUUGUAAGGCAUCUCACACAAGAGGACUAUGCGCUGUAUGCAGUGCAGUUUCAUCUGCUGGUCACAUGUAUUUUAUUUCUUAGCCGGGAGGGCUUUCGGCGAGCAUGCUUGCGAAUGGACCUGAAGUGUGAUGGCACUUCAAUGGGAGAUGUUGUGAAGCUAAUGAAAGUAGUGUGGAUGAGUUUCCCACUUGGAAUAUUUAUUACAAUUGUAGUAUGCCUUUUUGUCUUCUGGUGGCAACAAAUAAGUUAUUGUAGUCCACAUGGGCAAGCUAUCUUGAUCAAUGGUUUUGCAUGUAUUUUGGAGCUCUUGGCUGAGCCUGUUUAUAUUCUUUCACAGAGCAUGGUCUUACUCAAAUUAAGGCUGAUGGUUGAGACUAUAGCCACUCUGUUACGGUGCUUGACAAUGUAUUUUCUAAUCAUCAAGCAAACUGGAAUGGAAAAAUCAAUCAUAUUUGCUUUGUCACAGUCUGCAUAUGGAGGCUGCUUGUUUAUUGGUUAUUGGGGCUAUCUUUUGCUGUACCAAAAAUUUAGGGUUUCUUACCUUUUUCCAUUCAGAAAAGGAAAAGUGGUUGAUUUAGACAAGCAGCUGUCUAAGAUGUGUAUACUGUUCACCUUUCAAUCCUUUCGAAAAUUGAUCCUUCAGGAAGGAGAAAAGAUAGUACUUGUAUGGUUGGAUACACCAUAUAAUCAGGCUGUCUAUGGCCUGGUGGACAAAUUGGGUAGCUUAGUGGUGAGACUUGUCUUCUUACCUUUUGAAGAAAGUUCAUAUGCAACAUUUGCAAGGUCUGCUUCAGGACAAUAUGCAGGAAAAAGCAAGAUAUUGGGAAAUGGCUUGAUGGAAUCCCUUAAGUUAGUUUUGUUGAUUGGCCUUGUUUUCAUGGCAUUUGGUCCAAGUUAUUCUUAUUCACUCAUUAGAUUGCUAUAUGGUGAAAAAUGGAGUGAUGGAGAAGCGUCAACUGCCCUCCGCUGUUAUUGCUUUUAUGUCAUUGUUUUGGCCAUGAAUGGUAAAGAGCAAAAGAAGAUUAAACUCUUUCAUAAGCUACAACCAAUGACUGUCCCUUUGGCUUAUGCAAGCAGCUAA